UACAAUAAACUUUUUGUAUAAAUCUAAUAUGCAUUUGCAUCCAAUUUGCUACUAGACAUUUAAUAACAAGUAGCGUAUCAAGAAAUAGAUCACAGCAAAUAUUAAUUAUUUUGUUUUUCGAUAGAUAGCGCUCUAUUCACGGUGUGUCUCGAUGCUCUCACAGCAGUUUGGAUAUCCCUGGACACCCCGCUAGUUAUACGGGUGGUCGUGACCAGUGACUCGGUAGCGUUGUAUGCAGUUGUGUCAAUUGGCUACAGCUGCAAGUCGUCGAGCGAUUUCUCGCUUUGUUUUGCACCGAAAGACCCGAGCUGAAAACGAGAUCGACGGAGAAAGCGCGUGAGCAGGAACGAGAGCCGUGUUCCGAGUGCGUGCGCUAUACUAUGCCUCACCCAAAAUCGGCACGUCGAGUGCCGUUGCGAUCGGUCACGCUGCUUCGACGACCGUGGGGAUUCGUGAUGUAGCCCCUCCUCCUUCCCCGCCGAUCUGUGGAAAACACUCUCCCGUGGGCAAUCAUUGCAACACCCCGGUCACAUCGAUGCGUCGUCACGCUACGUCGACGAGCUCUCGUGCAACAACAUUCACGGAUCUUGACCGCCGCGUCGAGUCACCCGCGACUACACGUUCAUCGUCAUCGUCACUAUCGUCGUCGUCGUCGUCGUCGUUGUCGAAAUCGUCGUCGUCGAAAUCAUCAUCAUCAGUGUCAUUGCUAUUGCCAUCGUUUCCCACAAGAAGUGCCUUCUCCCAACUGUUUGAUGGAUUCCCGAUAGUACGGGAGACAACAACCGUGUACAUGCACGUCUCAUCUGCCUCGGCGGCGACCGCGACGAUCUUGCCGAUAUACACCUUUGUCUAAUCCUGUCCUCGGUGCGCCUCGGUAAGUGCCUCCAAAGUGCCUUAAACGGAAUAGACAUCCACGCGGAGGAAUGAGAGGAGAAAGCGGCAAAAUUCUUGAUAGUAAAGGAUAUAUGUUUGUUGAGUUCUUUGAUUUUUUGAUGCCGCAUACGCGUGAACGUUUCGUGUUGUGUGCCUCUGUGACAGAGAAAAAAAACAAUUCACGUAAGAUUUUUUCUGAUCAUAUAUAGUAUCAGGGAUUGAAGUUCUAUCGGUUUUGAAUGACUGUGCCGAUUAAUUAGUCCUUAAUUAAAAUGUAGUUAACGUUCUUAAUUUGAAGUUUUCGUAUCAGAUAAGAAAAUAAACCUAAUUAUCUCAGAGUUUAUAAAUUAUUAUGUAAAAAUGGAAUAUAUUUUCUACCGUUAAUGCAUUAACGGCGGUUAAGACAUUGUCGGAUAUAUAUUUGUCGUAACAGAGCACAGAGUACUAUAUAGUGCAGCAGGGUACCGGCUGCGAUUGUUGGCGCGUGUGGCUUUUCGCCGGAGUGAUAACGGAUUCGGAAUCGCCCACGGGAUCGUAUCGUAAUGAAUUGGUAGAUUUCCACGAUGCGUCGAGUAAAUAACGCGUGUUACAAUCGAGCGAUUUCGUGUUGCAUAAUGGUCGAGAAGUAUCGUCGCUAUAGCGAUCGCUUGGGAAUUAUGUAUAUGUAUUGUUGUGUGCAUACAGUAUUAAAUGUAUGUAAUUAAAACGUGACGAGUCGCCGAAUAUUUAGGUUAUUCUGAAGCUUAUGUGAUAUUUAUUGAAUGAGGAAGAUUAAUUAUCGCUGAAGCUGCAUAAUGUGAAAUGAAUCAGCUGAUUAUGAUAAAAAUGUAUCAUAAUCGUUGAGAUCACAGUGCAAGAAGAGAAAAGAGACUAUUAUCGGAGUAGUCAAAAUAUCAAUCUUUGGUACAUAACUUGAAAGACAAAAUGUCCCAACUAAGCAUCAGUACCGGCAAACGGGGAAGAGGCGUUGCGAGUACCUCUGCGUCAACUGUAUCCGCAUUGAGCAGCUCCACGGACUUGGCGAGCUUCUUUGAGUGCCCAGUUUGUUUUGAUUAUGUGCUUCCACCAAUCUUGCAAUGUCAAAGUGGACAUCUUGUUUGCACAAAUUGUCGACCAAAACUUUCCUGCUGCCCUACGUGCAGGGGCCCACUGGGUAACAUCCGUAAUUUGGCUAUGGAAAAAGUGGCAAGCAACGUCAUGUUUCCCUGCAAGUAUUCCACCAGUGGCUGUACAGUUUCAUUGGUGCAUACCGAGAAAGCAGACCACGAGGAUACAUGCGAGUUCCGUUCAUACAGUUGUCCUUGCCCAGGUGCAUCCUGUAAGUGGCAAGGAUCGCUGGAACAAGUGAUGCCUCAUCUUAUUAUGAGUCAUAAGAGCAUUACGACCUUACAAGGAGAAGACAUCGUUUUUUUGGCAACUGAUAUUAAUCUCCCGGGAGCUGUGGAUUGGGUAAUGAUGCAAUCUUGUUUCGGUCACCACUUUAUGUUAGUACUCGAGAAACAAGAGAAAUAUGACGGACAUCAACAGUCUUUUGCGAUUGUACAAUUGAUCGGUUCCAGGAAGCAAGCAGAGAAUUUUGCUUACAGACUAGAACUGAAUGGUCAUAGAAGACGUCUCACGUGGCAAGCGAUGCCGCGUUCUAUUCACGAGGGUGUAUCGUCUGCAAUUUUAAAUUCUGACUGCCUUGUAUUUGACACCUCCAUUGCGCAGUUAUUCGCUGACAAUGGAAACCUAGGUAUUAAUGUUACGAUUUCUAUGGCCUGAGGAAAGCCAGAAAAGGCAAUGUAAAGAAAAGAAAAGUGGAAACAUAACUGCGCAAACAUAUCGAGCAGUCUUUUCGAUCAUGAAUGCGAUAAAGUAUCUUAUGAGACUGCCCGCUAUGCACAAAUAUUACAAUUUUUUUUAUGUUACCAGAUAAAUAUUAGCAAUACAGAGAGGUUAAGAAAUGUUGUUCGGAGUAUGUUGAUGAUAUGCUGCAUUCAAAUGCCCAGUACAGGACCGCCGUUGAGAAGCUUUAAAGUAUACUCGUCUAUGACUCUUAUGAAAGCAAUAAACAUCUCAGCUAUAUCCAUGCCGUGACUUUAAAGCUUCGACACUAAGCACAAUAUCGAAUUCCGAAAAUAAGUACCUGAUAUCCACGCUAUUGUCCACAUUACUCUUGCACAUUUCAUAUAAAAUUUUCAUUUACAGCUAUCUCUAAAGAGAGAUUCAAUACAUAAUUGAAUUCUACUGACAUCGUUUUUGUCUGUAUUUUAACGCUUUUCGGGACUCAAUAUGGCAAAUGUAAAUAUUUUGCCAGACGUAGUAUUUCACAAAUUUACUUUGAAUCUCGUCAUGUAAUUAUUGUGUUUCAUUUAUUGGUCAUAUAUAUUUUUAUAUUACUAUUUAUUUUUGUUUGUAAAAUUUACUCUGUUUGGCUUUGUAAGACUGUCUCAUUCUUUCAUUUCUAUUUCACAUUCUAUUUUAUCUAAAAAUCGAGUGUGUCAGAGUCGGAUUUACCAAUAGACACUAUGCGCACAAAUUUAUGACACUAUGCGCAAUCUAUCAAAUUUUCACAAAAUUGUUAGGUUAGGUUAGAUUGAGUUGUUUUUAAUAUAAUGUUAACUCUUUUAUAUUCUAAAUUUUAACUUCUAAAUUUUAUUAUAUUCUAAAUUCUGAUUUCUGUUACAUCAUAUAUAAGUCAACUAUUUAAAAUUUACUUAUUUAUUUUUAUUUAAUUUUGUUCUGUUAUGCUAUAUUAUCUAUUACAUUACUUAAUAACUAUUUGAUAUAUAUGGAGAUUAUUUUGUAAGUAAAUAUAGUACUAUGUAUAAAUAAUUUUUUAAUGGCACUCUUAUGUGCCUGUACACAGCAUACUGUUAAAUCCGACCCUGCUGCAUCUACGUAACGUGCAAGUCCAGCAGCUGGACUCCAGCUUUCUUCGUUCGUAAUUAACAAGCGCAGUAUAUUGUUCGACUAUUCGGCGAUAUGAUUAUACAUACGAUUUCAUGCUUUUCGCAAUUCUUACACAUAAAUAGCAGUGAAAAACAGAUCAAUUUUUCAUGAUCUAGUCUGAAUGUCGAAGCAAGAUGCUAAUAUUUUUACAACAAUUAUAUUAUGGUGAAGAGCAAUGUUCAAUUGCGGUAAAGUUCCUUAGCGGUAAGCGAGAUGAAAAACAAGUCAAAAAUGCUGAAUUAAAUUAUAAAAGAAAUGUUUUAUACAGCUUAGGUUUUAAGUUGUAUCACAAAGCUGCAGAUAUUAUUUACAUUAUAUUUAUCUUUAAUAAAACCCAUUUUAACAAUAUGGGUGAGGAGAAAAAAGACAUUGCUUUGACCAUAUCAAAUAUUUGUUAAAUUAAUAAUUAUAAUGUUUUUUUACGUAAAAUACAUUUUAUGUGAAUAUUACGAAUGCUAUCAUUGAUAGCAAUUGUUCUCGGAGCAGUAGAAUUUUCCCAUACUAUUAUAAACAUUUUUUAAAGAAAUUUUUGUGCAUUUUGAGAUACAUGCGAUUCAUUCUUUACAUUGUUAUUUUACAUAACAUCUGUAAGUUUUGGGGAGUAAUGUGAUAUCUAAACUAAAGAAAAACAGAGCAUUGAGCCGAAUUGCGUAACAAAAGUAAAAAAAGCGUUAACGAGAAAUUAACGAAAGCAAUUAAGAAGUUACAAGAAAGAUUAUUUUAUUAAAAGCAACAAUUUAGACUGAAAUGUUGCGAUAUGUGAGUAGAAUAAGUCUAAUUGAGUAAUUUAUAUUUUUUAUAGAUUGAGAACAUAAGCUUUAUUUUCGUUAAGUGAUUCAUAUGAUAGUUAAAACGACUAAACGACUCAAAGGCUGCUAUUAUAUUGGAUUAAUAUUGCCAUCGAACACUGAAAUUUUUAGUUGGUUUAAUGCUCUGUAAAGCAAUUGUGCAAGAAAAGAAGUUAAGGAGAGUACGUAGAUGAAGGCACUGUUAUUGUAAAUAAAAUGCGAAAACUUAUGUGAUAUAAUGAGUUAUGAAUAAUAUAAAUCACAACAUGAUACGUAUUCACGAUGUUGAAAAAAAACUCGAGGGAACCAAGUGCACGGUGUACAUACACCGUUAUAUGAUUAGCAUUAUGAAACUUGUACGAUUAUAUUUACGCGUCCAUUAGACAGAUAUUUAAUUUUAAUAGACUCAAAUAAGAAAUAAGCGUUCACGCGAGCGUUUUUGGCGGUUACCGAAAAAUAAAGGAGAGAAAAAGAAGUCGAAUUUCUAAUUUUGAUGUUGGUUGUUAUUCUGUACCAAGAUUGUAGUAAUUUCUUCCCUACUUUUAGCGUAAAAACAUAAUUUGACACAGUUGAAACUACAAGAACCAGUGUAUCCAUUGUAUAAGAUCCUUGUAUAAUAAGAAUAAAUACAGGGAUACUGCAUAAAGUAUUAUACGAUGAGAAAGAAUUACACAUGCUUCAUAACAUGCUGUAGUUUUUUUCUCUAAUAUAAACUCAGCACUGGACAGUGAUCUAAUUUAUGCUCGAAAGAAACACAUUACAUUGUUAAGUAUUGUGUAUAUAUAAGAUUAACAAUAGUGUAAUCCUUAUUCUUUAACUAAGUAGUAAUUUAUUCUCUAGCAUUCGCGAAGGCUCCAUUGCUAUUUUAUUAAACAUGAUCAUAGAGAAAACGUUUUUUGAUUUCUUUUGUAUAAAUAUAUUUAUUAUUAAUUCAUUUGUAUCACAAUAAUAACGAUGUUUUCAGAAUAAA